CACAUGCAUAAUUUGGUACAUAGUCUUUUAGAUGGUCAACUAAUAGUGUCAAAGGCAAGUUGAAUAAAAUCAUUAAACAGCCGUAAAAAGCACAAAACUAUAGACCAAAUUUUUGUACAUAUUUACAUAACAUGCCACCAGACUAACAAGUUUUGUUAAUCUGGCAGAUUACCUGAUAUUUUCCGUCAUUAAUUAUGUAUUAAUUUUUUAGUAUAAGUUUUUUUUUUCUUUUUUUUAUUUCUAAUUUCGAAAAUUCAAGCAUCCAAUUUCGAAUAUGAAUCUAUACAAUUUUGGCAACAAUCAACCCUAGUUUGUCUUCUUUGGACACGAUUCAAGUAGUGUAAGCUAUAAACUACUCCUAAUACCAGUAUAAAAACUCCAAAUUUUAACCUAUCAUGAAAAAUACUUGAGAAUCAUAAGAUAAAUACGAGACUACGAGUAACAUUAACGCAUUUGACUAUAUGUUGACUAUAUGAGGAUGCAACGUAUUGAAGAUUUGAAGUACAGAGUAGUAGUCAACAUGGUUCAAACUUUCUGUUGUGAGACUUCUAACAUUACCUAGUACAAAACCACUGUCUGCGAGAGGACUCAUUUGUCAUUUUACCUCAUUAAACAUUCUUCAUCCAUGCAAACCCAAGCAAGGGUAAAAUCGUCAGUAAAAAAAAGUUAAAAAAAAUCCAAAUUACUGGUAUAAGAAACAACUAUUAACGGCACUCUGCCCCAUGCUUCAUUGUGCUCCUCUGUUUCUCUUUCUCUCCCUUUCUCUCUCUCUCCUCCAAAAAAAAAAGCAGAUUUCUAGAGAGAGAAAACACAACAAAGCAACCUUAAUCACACUUAAAACCCAGCGUUUGAAUCCCUUUCUUCUUCUCAAAAGAUUCAACCCUUUUCUUUUCAUUUCACUCUUCUUCUUCAAAAACAGAGUUUCUCAAUUAAAAAACAGAGCUUUUUUCUUUUCUUUUGUUGUUAACUCUUCAAAAAUGGCGUACCCUCCAUAACUCAAAAACCCCAUCUCCAAAUUCACUCAAAAACCCCAAUUUUUUCCACCCAAAAAUCCAAAAUCCAAAAAUGGGGUGUUGUGUAUCAAGAAUUGACAGACAAGAAAUGGUAUCAAGAUGCAGAGCAAGAAAACGAUACAUGAAACAAUUAGUUGAAGCUAGAUUAUUCCUUUCAUCUUCUCAUUCUUUUUACCUUCGUUCUCUUCGUUCAACCGGCUCCGCUCUCCUCCAAUUUUCCACCGGAGAAUCCUCUCUCCUCCACCACCACCACCACCUCAACCGCCGUGAAAUCCCACCGUCGCCGCCGCCUCUACCGCCGCUCCCACCAACACCACCACCUCCACCAUCAAUGUCACCGAGCACCGAUACAUGGACAACCACCACUUCAAACACAACAAACACCUCAGCUCUUCCUCCUCCGCCGCCGCCACCGCCGCCGCCGGUUUCCGGUUCCACGUGGGAUUUCUGGGACCCUUUUGUCCCGUCUUCGGGUCCGAGGAGUGGGACCGAGGAGGAGGAGUGGGAAGAGGAGGCUCGAACUACUACUAAUACGAUUUCCGCCACUAAUACUACUAAUGUUACGGUGACUCCGAUGAGGGCGGCGGCGAAUGUGGCGGCGCCGCCAUCUGUGGUUAGUGGGUUCUCGAAAGAGAGUGAGAUGGCGGUGGUUGUUUCGAGACAAGGGAAAGAAUUAGUUGAGAUUAUUAAGGAGUUAGAUGAGUAUUUUUUAAGAGCUGCUGAUGCUGCUAGUGUUGUUAAUGGGGUUUUAGAGGUUCAUACCUUUUCUAAUCUCUCUACUUCUUCUACUAAUUACCAUCAAUUAAACUCCUCAGGGAAAAUGUAUAAUAAUGGGAGGAAUUUAAGUUCAAGUUGGAGCCCAAUGUUGUGGGGUUCAAGUGGUAAGUUAAAUGGGUUAGGAUGUGGUAAGUUAUUAGGAGAUGACAUAAUGGUUGGAAGAAUGGGAAUGGUUAAUAAUGUUAAUGGUAGUAGUCAUUGUUCUACUAUUGAGAGACUCUAUGCUUGGGAGAAGAAACUCUUCCAUGAAGUCAAGAAUGCGGAGAAAAUAAAGAUGGAGCAUGAGAUAAGGGUGGAACAACUAAGGAGAUUGGAGGUGAAGAGAGCAGAUUAUUUUAAAACGGAGAAAACAAAGAAAGAAGUGGAGAAAUUAGAGUCACAAAUUGAGGUUGCUAGUCAAGCCAUUCAAACAACUUCUAAUGAGAUCAUCAAAUUAAGGGAAACUGAGCUUUACCCUCAACUCCUUGACAUUGCUAAAGGGUUUAUGUGCAUGUGGAGGAGCAUGUACGAAUGUCACCAAGUCCAAAUGCACAUAGUGGAUCAGCUGAAGUUCCUCAAUGCCAUACCAUCCAACGAACCCACAUCUGAGAUCCAUCGUCAGUCCACAUUGCAACUCGAGGUGGAGCUCCAACAAUGGCAUCAAUCCUUUUGCAGCGUAGUAAAAGCUCAACGGGACUACAUCCGUUCUCUCACUGGGUGGCUUCGUUUGAGCCUCUUUCAGUUCAACAAAAACCCACUAAUGAGAUCAGUCCAAGACUCCACAAUCUACUCCCUUUGUGAGCAAUGGCAGCUUGAAAUCGAUAAUGUCCCUGACAAAGUGGCGUCGGAGGGAAUCAAAAGUUUGUGGACUGUGAUCCAUGCCAUUGUGAUUCAACAAGCUGAAGAACUUAAACAGAAGAAGAGAUCAGAGACAGCCAAUAAGCAACUCGAGAAAAGGGCAAUUGAGCUAAGGACAUUAGAGGCAAAGUAUGGACCAUACUCGAUGCUGGAGAUGUCAAGUGCAAGAAAGGGGCGGGACCUUGUAGGAGAAAAACGAGCAGAAGUGGACAUGUUGAAAGCCAAGGCAGAGGAGGAGAAAGCUAAGCAUGAAAAGGCAGUUAGUGUAUCUAGGGCCAUGACACUAAACAACAUGCAGAUGGGGCUUCCCCAUGUUUUUCAGGCAAUGACAGGCUUCUCAAGCGUCUGUAAGCAAGCUUUCGAGAAGGUAUACAACAAGGCCAAAAAUAUGGAUCAAGAGCUCGAUGUCAAAAGAUUAAUGAUGGCGUAGAAGCUGAAGCUGACUCAGGGACGCCAUUAAAACCAAGUAAUAGGUGACCUUUUUUCCCCAAAUCUUUCCCCUGCCCCCCAUCCGCCCCCUUUGUAUAGCUCCAUCUUAGCAUUAGGAGGAUGUUUUAGUUGAUUAAAUGAAAAGCUUUAGUAUUAGCAAAUUGGAGACCUAUUAGUAUUUACUGCUUUUUAGAAUUUUAGAUGUUUAAACUUAGUAUUAUUAUUAUGUAUUUAAAGCAAGUUUUAGUAAAGUUUUGAGAGUGCUAUGAGCAAUAACAAACACCAGCAGCAGUACAGAAUCUAAUUGCAUAACUGUGAAUCUGUCAGAUUUGUAAAUUGCACCGUUUUGCAAUUGAUUAGUACUAACAAAUUUAUACUACACUAACUUUCUGGUAAGUGCA